AUGGCGACCGAAAACGAGAAGCCUCUCGGCGAAAAGCCGUCAGAGAUCGUGGAAAAGACCGCCAGCAAUGGGCCCUCGUCCGACAGAGGCUCCUCCAACGGCGACUCGACCGAGGCAGACGUGACAAACCAACCCAAGGAAAAGCCCACGGCGAACAGUCUCGAGAAGGCAGACUCCAAGGUCGUCGUGCCCAAGAGCCCCUCCGAUGACCCUUACAAGCACCUCCCCGAGGAUGAGGCCACUGUCCUAAAGCGCCAGGUUACCACUCCCGAGGUCAAGGCCGGUAUACUGACCUUGUACCGCUACUCAUCCACCAACGACCUCAUCAUCCUCGCCGUCUCCGCCUUCAUGUCCAUUGCUGUGGGUGCUGCCCUGCCGCUCAUGACUGUCAUCUUUGGCAACCUGCAGGGCACCUUCCAGGGAUACUUCAACACUUUUCCCCCGACCGAACAAGCCAAGGCCGACUUCAAGAGUGAGAUGGCCAGCCUGGUUCUCUACUUUGUCUAUCUGGCCAUCGGUGUCUUUGUCGCACAGUAUAUCACCACUGUUGGUUUUAUCUACACGGGAGAGCAUAUUAGUGCCAAAAUCCGCGAACACUACCUCGAGAGCUGCAUGCGCCAGAACAUCGGUUUCUUUGAUAAGUUGGGUGCCGGUGAGGUCACGACUCGAAUCACCGCAGACACCAACUUGAUCCAGGAUGGUAUUUCCGAAAAGGUCGGCCUGUCCCUCGCCGCCAUUGCGACCUUCAUCUCCGCUUUUGUCAUCGGCUUCGUCCACUACUGGAAGCUUACGCUCAUCCUGCUGUCCACUGUCGUUGCGCUGCUCCUGAGCAUGGGCGGUGCUUCGUCCUUCAUUGUCAAGUACAGCAAACAGUCGAUCGAAUCUUACGCCCACGGAGGCAGUCUUGCCGACGAGGUCAUCAGCUCUAUCCGUAAUGCCGUCGCCUUCGGCACCCAGGACCGUCUGGCCAAGCAGUACGAUGAGCACCUUACCAAGGCCGAGUUUUUCGGCUACAGGGUCAAGGCGACGAUUGGUAUCAUGGUCGGACUCAUGAUGACCAUUCUGUACCUCAACUACGGCCUGGCCUUCUGGCAGGGUAGCAAGUUCCUCAUCGAAGAUAAUAUCCCCUUGUCGGAUAUUCUGAUUAUCAUGAUGUCCAUCAUGAUUGGUGCCUUCAACCUUGGUAACGUCGCCCCCAACGUUCAGGCCUUUACUACCGCCAUUGCCGCCGCCGCCAAGAUCUACAACACUAUUGACCGUGUUUCCCCCUUGGACCCUUCCAGCGAGGCUGGCGAGAAGCUCGAGAAGCUCGAAGGUACAAUCCGUCUGGAGAACAUCAAGCACAUCUACCCUUCCCGUCCCGAGCUCACCGUCAUGGAGGACGUCAGUCUCACUAUUCCCGCCGGCAAGACCACGGCCUUGGUUGGUGCGUCUGGCUCUGGAAAGAGUACGAUCGUCGGUCUUGUUGAGCGCUUCUACGAUCCUGUGCGAGGAAAGGUAUUCUUGGACGGCCACGAUAUCAGCACCCUUAACCUGCGCUGGCUGCGUCAGCAGAUGGCUCUCGUCAGCCAGGAGCCAACCCUGUUUGGAACCACCAUCUAUCAGAACAUCAGAUACGGUCUCAUCGGCACCAAGCACGAGAAUGCCAGCGAGGAGGAGCAACGGACGCUGGUCGAGAACGCGGCAAAGAUGGCAAACGCCCACGAUUUCAUUACCGGUCUUCCCGAGGGCUACCAGACGAACGUCGGCGAGCGUGGUUUCCUGCUAUCCGGAGGCCAGAAGCAGCGUAUUGCCAUCGCUAGAGCCGUCGUGUCCGAUCCCAAGAUUCUUCUCCUUGACGAGGCUACCUCUGCACUCGAUACCAAGUCAGAAGGCGUCGUUCAGGCUGCCCUCGAGGUCGCCUCCGAAGGCCGUACUACCAUCACCAUUGCCCACCGUCUGUCAACCAUCAAGGACGCUCACAACAUCGUCGUCAUGUCCGCUGGACGAAUUGUCGAGCAGGGAACCCACGAUGAGCUGCUAGAGAAGCAGGGUGCCUACUACAACCUUGUCAGUGCCCAGAACAUUGCUCGCGUCAACGAAAUGGAUGCCGAGGAGGAAGCCGCCAUCGACGCCGAGGACGACGAACUCAUCCGCAAGAAGUCCCGCGUCUCGGAGAAGGGUUUUGUUGCAGACCCCGACGACAACAUGGCCGCCAAGCUGCAGCGAACCUCGACCUCCAAGUCUCUUUCUAGCAUCGCUCUGCAGGGUCGCAAGGAAGAAGGCGAGAUCAAAUACGGCCUCUGGACGCUCAUCAAGGUUAUCGGUUCCUUCAACAAGCAGGAGUGGCAUCUCAUGCUCAUCGGUCUUUUCUUCUCCGUCAUCUGUGGUGGUGGAAACCCUACUCAGGCUGUCUUCUUCGCUAAGCAGAUCACGACCCUCUCCGUCCCCGUCACGGACGCAAACUCGCACCAGAUGAAGAAGGACUCCGAUUUCUGGAGUGCCAUGUACCUCAUGCUUGCCGGUGUCCAGUUCAUCGCCUUCGUCAUCCAGGGUGUCGUUUUUGCCAAGUGCUCCGAGAGACUCGUCCACCGCGUCCGAGACCAGGCAUUCCGUACCAUGCUUCGUCAGGACGUCUCCUUCUUCGACAAGGACGAGAACACUGCCGGUGCUCUUACCUCCUUCCUUUCCACUGAGACCACUCAUCUUGCCGGACUUAGCGGUGUCACUCUGGGAACUCUGCUCAUGGUUUCGACGACUCUGGUUGCUGCUCUGGCUCUCGCCAUCGCCAUCGGCUGGAAGCUCGCUCUUGUCUGCACGGCGACGAUCCCUAUCCUCAUUGGCUGUGGUUUCUUCCGCUUCUGGAUGCUUGCCCACUUCCAGCGCCGCUCAAAGACUGCCUACUCCAACUCUGCCAGCUACGCGUCCGAGGCCAUCUCGGCCAUCCGCACCGUUGCCUCCCUCACGCGUGAGAAGGAUGUCAUUCGCCAGUACCAGGCCUCGCUGGCUAUUCAGCAGCGCGCAAGUCUGAUUUCUAUUCUCAAGUCCAGCUUGCUCUUUGCGGCGUCGCAGUCCUUCAUGUUCCUGGCUUUUGCCUUGGGCUUCUGGUACGGCGGUACUCUCAUCGCCGACCUUGAGUACAACAUGUUCCAGUUCUUCGUCUGCUUCUCGGCCGUCAUUUUCGGUGCCCAGUCCGCUGGCUCCAUCUUCUCGUUUGCUCCCGACAUGGGCAAGGCCCACCAGGCCGCCAACGAGCUCAAGAUCCUUUUCGACCGUAAGCCCACCAUCGACACAUGGUCGGAGGAGGGUGCUUCGCUCGAGGCCGUCGACGGCACCCUCGAGUUCCGCGACGUCCACUUCCGUUACCCGACCCGUCCCGAACAGCCCGUGCUCCGCGGCCUGAACCUCGUCAUUCGCCCCGGACAGUAUGUUGCUCUCGUCGGCGCUUCUGGCUGCGGAAAGUCCACUACUAUCGCCCUGCUCGAGCGCUUCUACGACCCCCUCUCUGGAGGCAUCUAUGUCGACGGCAAGGAAAUCAGCACGCUCAACGUCAACCAGUACCGCUCCUUCAUCGCCCUUGUCAGCCAAGAGCCCACCCUCUACCAGGGCACCAUCAAGGAGAACAUUCUCCUCGGUGCCUCCACUGAGGUCACGGACGAAGCCGUCGAGCACGCCUGCCGCGAGGCCAACAUCUACGACUUCAUCGUCUCCCUCCCCGAAGGCUUCAACACCGUUGUCGGUAGCAAGGGUGCUCUGCUCUCUGGUGGCCAGAAGCAGCGUAUCGCUAUUGCUCGUGCCCUUAUUCGUGACCCCAAGAUUCUGCUCCUUGACGAGGCCACGUCCGCCCUCGACUCUGAGUCAGAGCACGUCGUCCAAGCCGCCCUCGACAAGGCCGCCAAGGGCCGCACGACCAUCGCCGUCGCCCAUCGUCUCAGCACCAUCCAGAAGGCCGACAUCAUCUACGUCUUCGACCAGGGUCGUAUUGUCGAGCAGGGCACGCACGUUGAGUUGAUGAAGAAGAACGGCCGCUACGCCGAGCUUGUCAACCUCCAAUCAUUGGAGAAGAACAGGUAA